UGACGGAAGCCGAACAGCGUUGCCUUUCGUAAUAUCGCGAUAGGAAACGCAGCGUAUUGAUUAAAGGGUUGAGGAGAAGCCGAUGGACCUAUAUGAUGAGUUGCUAGAACCCCCGCUGGCUCCUGCACCAGCUAUAUCACCGCCUGAUGCAAGACCUCCACAUGGUAACCCCAGCAGCAAGCGCAAAGCGGAAAAUACCGACUCGGGGAGCUGUGAAGAUGGGCAGCAGGAAAAGAAAGUAUAUAAAGGAAUUCUGUGGUUAAAAGCUCACGUGGCUGAGAGAAAAGGGGAACGUGAGGAAAUGCAAGAUGCUCAUACUAUAUGUGACCUCAGCCAGGAUUGUCAGCCCAUGCCAGCUGACAUCUCACGUUUGUUAUACUUUGCGGUUUUUGAUGGUCAUGGUGGCAGCCGAGCUUCACGAUUUGCAGCACAAAAUCUGCAUCGGAACUUGGUGAAGAAACUGCCCCGAGGUGAGGGGAACAGUGUAGAAAAGGCAAUGAAGAGGUGUAUAUUGGAUGCCUUUAAGCAAACCGAUGAAGAUUUCUUGAAACAGGCAGCCAGCCAAAAGCCAGCAUGGAAAGAUGGAACAACUGCCACUUGUGUUCUGGUUGCAGACAACAUCCUAUACAUUGCUAAUCUUGGAGACAGCAGGGCGUUGCUGUGCCGGGUGAAUGAAGACUCACAGAAACCCGCAGUACUGAGUUUGACCAAGGCUCACAAUCCUACCCAGUACGAGGAAAGGAUGAGGAUCCAGAGAGCAGGGGGCAAUGUAAGAGAUGGAAGGGUUUUGGGUGUGCUGGAGGUAUCCCGUUCCCUGGGAGAUGGACAGUUCAAGCGCAUGGGCGUGAUCAACACGCCUGACGUGAAAAGAUGCCCACUCGCUCACAGUGAUCGGUUUGUUUUGCUGGCUUGUGAUGGCCUCUUCAAAGUAUUUUCAGCAGAUGAGGCUGUAACAUUCAUCCUGACCAAUGUGCAGGAAGAAGGCUCUCUGGCAGAAAAUAGUUCACCCGACCUCGACGCUCGCUAUGAAUCCGCAUGUCAUCGCCUCGCCAAUGAAGCUGUGCGUCGGGGAGCUGCUGAUAAUGUCACUGUGAUAUUGGUGCAGAUUCAACAGCAAUAGGCGUUAAAUAUAAUAUAUUUUCCAAUUACCCUUUUUAUUUUAUUAGCAUUAAACUGCAUUGCAGAGGAAACACGUUAUGCAUUGCUAAUAUUUAUUGUGCAGAAAAAUUGGCAACUUAAAUUUGGAGAUUGCAAGUUAGUGUGAUAGUGUAUUUUUAUCCUGAAUCUGUGUGCCUUUAUGUGAGAUUGUCAGUGGUUUUUUGUUAUGUUCCAGCAAGUUCCAAUAUGUUUUGUUUGGAGAUUUUCCUUUAGAAUUUUGUAUGUUCUUUUUUCACCUUCAAAGUUACAAUUAAAAUUUUGUGUUAAAAAAAA